AUGUCUCAGUUGAACGACGACCAUAUCAAACGAUGGAUCUUGGAGCACUACAGGCAGUUAUGCGCAGAUCAUGGGACAGCCCCAACCACAGCUCAGAUCGAAGAGAUCAAAUCCGAAGCGGGCACCCACAAGGAUCCCCGAGUCAUGAAACUUUUUGAGUAUGCCCUCCUGUACUUCUUGCCUAGAUUCGCUGUUGUCUUUGAAGAAGACACUUUGUUGUUGGGAUGGAUUCGCCGGCCAGAUGGAACCAAGCAGGAGAUCUGGUACAAGCUCCACGACACCAAUGCGGACUACAACUUGAGCCGAGUUUACCUCCAGCGAGGUGCACCUCAAGGUUUAGUACACAAGAUCAAAGCGACGGACCACAUUUGUGACGAAUGGCACCCAUCUCUUACUGCUAUCUGUGCGCCUGUCAUUCGCGCAAAUGAGCAUUUGCGGUAUGCUUACUUCACCGCAAUAGUUCGAUUGAUGAGGGCCAGCCGAACACCAGCAUCGAUCGAUAGCUCCACAAAAGACAGACCAAGACUUUUCAUCACCUUGAGAAGAGCCAUGCCAGACGAGGCACCUGGCCAAAACAUCACCACAGCCCCUGCGCCCAGACUCACUCUGAAACAAAGACACAAGAUGGUGGAUCCAGAAAUUUGUGAAGAUAUGGACUCAAACCAGGAUGAGGCGCUCAGCGGCUCAGAGAGUCCACCGACUAACAGAUCACGAGCAAUGAGACUUCGAAGCAGAACAGUCGAUGGGGUCAACAGAACGACUCGAUUCGAGGACAACUAUGGUCUCGACACGAGCCCCAAGAGAGUCGAGCGAUCUGUAGUCAUCGACCUGACUGAGUCUGAUCUCGAAGAAUCUAUCAAGUCCGAACCCGAAGCCACAACGGCGCCCCUCAACGACUAG